AGUUGGUACAAUUUAUUUUGUAGAUGAUGUUUGAUUUGUUUUCCUUUGUUAUUUCAUCCUUUGGUUUGCAUAGGAUUGAUUGUAGUGAUUUUGUCAGUUUGUGUGCCACACCUAUCCCGAAGGUUUUCAGCAGUCUCGUUGCGGUUUCUGAUACGCCUUUUAUGUGUGGUAGGGAGAUCCUUUUGUUGAUUUUUGUGGUUGACGUAGGUUCUGAUGCUGAAUAUUUUCUAAAUAUGGAGAAUGGUGGAGAUAAUAGAGAACAAGGAGAUACUAUAGUUUAUGGACGAACCAAUCAUGUAUAAGAUAACAGGUGUCGGAUUAUGGCGCGAAAUUCAUUCAUUCAUUUAGCUAAAUAGAAUUUUGGCAUUUCAGUUUAUCUCAGUUCGUGAUUAAAACCAUUAAAUUUGAUUCCUAACCCUAAUUAUCAACUGUAAAUCAUAAUUCCGAUUCCUCAUACUGCUUUAUAACCGCCAUUUGCUCCUAGUUGUUGGGUAGACACUAUCUAGGUCACUCUAACAUCCCUCAAAGGUCGACCGCCGACAACAAAAUAAACUUUCAUUUGAAAAUUUAUGUUUACACUUUAGUUUCUCAGUUUUCCCUCACCCAAUACAUUCAAUUAUUCAUUGUGGAUAGUUUUUCACUUUCAAUAUAAUGUCUCUGAUUAGAAGAAUGUUUUGCUGUAAUGACUUGAUUGUAGUUUGUUUUACGAACAUUGUUGGCAAAGGCAAGAAGCACUAAAUAGAUGUAUCGUCUCAGUUUGCGACUGCACAUCAAGGUACAUUCUUGCUGAUAUAGGAAAAACUAAAUCUCACAGAGUAAUAUUGGUGGUAGUGAUUACCUUUAUUUUGCCUAUCUGUAUUCCCAUAUCCAGUUGUAUAGCAAUGUUUUAUAACAAUUAACCGACCCAAUCACAAUUGACGGUGAAACUCUGAAAGAGGUGAAAAGUUCCAUGUACUUGAUCAGCAUUAUAAAUGAACAGGGAUGAUCUAAUACAGGUGAAGAUUUGCAAAUCAACAACAGCAUUCUUAUAGUUGAAGAAGAUAUGGAACUCGAAACAACUGUCAACCAAUAUCAAAGUCACAAUUUUCAAUACGAACGUCAAAACAGUUCUACAUACGGAGCUGAAAUUUAGAGAACUACCACAACCAUCAUUAAAAAGUUAUAAGUAUUUAUAAACAAUUGUCUACUUAAGAUACUGAAUGUCCAUUGAUCGGAUACCAUUAGCGACACCCUUCUGUGGGAUAGAGAACAAACCAGCUUCCAUCUGAAGAGGAAAUUAGGAACAAACGUUGGAAGUACAUAGGGCAUACAUUGUGGAAAUUAUUAGACUGCAUCACGAAGCAAGCGCUAACUUCGAAUCCUGAAAGAAAAUAGAAAAUAGGAAAACCAAAGAACACACUGACUUGGUAAUCGGAGGCAGAUAUUGGAUAGGAUGAAUAACAGUUGUAAACAACUUGUAAAGAUUGUCCAGGACAGAGUUGGAUGUAGAAAAGCUAAUAGACGGCCUAUACUCCUUCUCCAUGAGGAAUAACUUGAGUAAGUAAAUAGAAACACCAACAAAAACAACACUAAGGGCUAAGAGCUCGUUUUAUUCAUAUGGAAUUCCAAUUUUACUGUUAUUCAUUACUAUACUAUGAUUACUAUUGAUCUAUUCAACUUGAUUGUCUUUCAUAUUGAGUUGUUUAGAUUUACUUAAGGUAACUUAUUGAUUGACUGUCAGAUUUGGUUGAUAGGUGAAUUUGACUAUGAUGAUAUAUUCUAGAUUAUUACAAUUAUGUAUCAUAUUCUACUAUCAAUACUGACCGAUAUGAGUAGUAUUGAAUUGUAUAUAAUAGAAGAUUCUGUUAUGAAUGUAAUAGAAACUUAUAGUUGUCUUGUUUGUUUGUUUGUUUAUUUUUCUCACUGAAAGGUCAUGUUAUUUAUGUCAUUAACUACUGCUGUGAUUUUAAUACAUUAUUAAUGAUGUGCCAAUGUAUAAUACAAGUUGAGAAAGAAGUAUGUUAAGUGUUGAUUGAUGAUUGUUUGUGUGAAUCUUCUCAUGGAUGAUUAGGACUGCUACUGAUCAGUCCUCUUGUUGGCAUAUACACAUACUAUACGGAUUGUCAGAGAUGAAUGAUGACUGGUAAUGGAUUACAGUUUGACGCGUGUUUUAUCCUAUACUUGUCAAUUGGAUAUAUCUACAUCAUAGAGUUGAUGUUCAUUACGGGACUCGAACCCGGUAUAGUUCGCUUCAAAUGCCAUAGAGUUAUUCAUUUAGCUACUGAGUUAUGAUAGUCACUAUCAGGAUGAAACGCGUGUCCUGAAUAAUUCCAAUGUUAGCCACCAUCGCUUAAAAUGUUUAUUUUUUUAAUGCUUUUUCCUCUAUACGGACUCAUUUUUCCAUAAAAAUAUUACUUACUUACUUACGCCUGUUACUUCCAAUCGAGCAUAGGCCGCCGACCAGCAUUCUCCAACACACUUUGUCCUCCACCUUCUUUUCUAGUUCCAUCCAGUUCUUGUUCAUUUCUCAUGUCUAUCUCCAUUUCCCGGCGUAACGUGUUCUUUGGUCUUCUUCUUCUCCUUUGACCUUAAGGAUUCCAUGUGAGGAUUUGUCGUGCGACGCAGUUGGGUGCUUUCCUCAAUAUGUAUUCUAUCCAGCACUUCCAGCACUUCUUUCUGAUUUCUUCCUCCGCUGGGAUCUGGUUUGUUCUCUCCCACAGUACGUUGUUGCUAAUAGUGUCUGGCCAACGGAUCUGAAGUAUUUUGCAUAGACAACUGUUAAUAAACGCCUGUAUUUUCUGGAUGAUGGCUUUCGUAACUGUCCAAGUUUCCGCCCCAUACAAUAGAACUGUUUUGACAUUUGUAUUGAAAUUACUGACUUUGGUGUUGGUUGACAGACAGUUGUUUUGGAUUCCAGAUGUUCUUCAGUUGUAGAUGCGUUGCUCUUACUUUGCUGAUCUGCGCCUUCACAUCUACAUCAGAUUCACCGUGUUCAUCUAUGAUGCUGCCCAAAUAUGUAAAGGUUUUUACAUCUUCCAAAUCUUUUCCGUCAAUUGUGAUUGGAUUGUUGCAUGCUGUGUUGUAUCGGAGAGUCCUGCUUUUCCCUUUGUGUAUAUUGAGACCUACCGCUGCUGAGGCUACUGUCACACUGUUCGUCUUCUCCUCCUUAAAAAUAUAAGCGUCAGUAUUGACUGCUUAUGUGUUCUUACUAACUUAGUGGAACUUUUCUAGAUACAUACAUUCCAGUAUUCAUUUUGAAAUAAUCAAAUGUAGUGAACACAUUCAAGUAUAUAGUGGUUUCAUAGAAAUUAACGGUAAUGAAAAUUUUUAAAAAAUUCUUAAAAGCUAAUUAUAAUGAUAAUGAAUGAUGACAAUGUAAAAUUUCAGCUCAGAGAACAAAAAACAAGCCAUAGAAACACAUUUACCUAAGCGAUGAAUCUUGAUUAUUUGAAACCUCAGAAUUAUUAUAUUGUAAUUAUGGAUCAUAUCAUUGAUUAUCAUGAUGCCUUGGAUGAUGAUUAUGCAUUGGAUGAUGAUGAUCCCUUGGACGAUGAUGAUGAUGAUGAUGCAUUGGAUGAUGAUGAUGCCUUGGAUGAUGAUGAUGCCUUGGAUGAUGAUGAUGCCUUGGAUGAUGAUGAUCCCUUGGAUGAUGAUGAUCCCUUGGAUGAUGAUGAUGAUGCAUUGGAUGAUGAUGAUCCCUUGGAUGAUGAUGAUGAUGCAUUGGAUGAUGAUGAUGCCUUGGAUGAUGAUGAUGCCUUGGAUGAUGAUGAUGUCUUGGAUGAUGAUGUUUUUGAUGAUGAUUUAAAUUAA